ACUCUCAUUCGUGCUAGUUCGGUUGAUUAAGAUAGUUUGUUCCUUCAAUAACUCGACCAUUUUAAUCAAAGCAAGAAAAAAAAUUUAAAUACAAUUUAUAAUAACAUCAAUAAUCCUAAUCUAAUUAAAAUGAGCUUUUGCAAAAUUGUGUAUGUAAUUACAAUAUUAAUUAUAAUGAAUUUUAGCAUAAUUGUUUGGUCAAGUAAUUCUGCUGAAACUGAAUGUAAUUGCUUAUAUGUAACUGAAUGUGAAUAUGCACUUAAAGUUAUACGCUACUAUAAAGAUAAAAGCAGCUUACAGCUUUGUGCUUUGCCAAAUGAAGACUACUAUUGCUGCCCGAGUCCUCGACAACCCACAAUCUCAGAAAGAAAAUGUACAGAAUUUUCAAAACUGAAAGAUUUGUGUAAUGAGACAGGAUUGGUCGCAGAUGGCAAACCAGUAGAUCCACACUCAAUUCCGUUUAUCGCUUCACUUCAAACAAGAAACAAAACAAAUGGAAAACAAACUAAGAGUUGGGAAUGGAUAUGCGGUGGGGCGUUGAUUGACACAAAGUUUAUUUUGACUGCAGCGCAUUGUGUAGAUGGUUUCAACAAAACCAUAAAAGAGAUGUCAGUUCUCUUGGGUGCCCAUAAUAAAACAGAAAUAAAUGAUAGUAAUCGAUUUAAUGUAAAAAUUAUAACAAAACAUCCUAACUACAAUCAUUCAUUGAAUGAUAUUGCUAUAUUGGAAAUGGAAAGACCAGCAGAUUUUAGCACUUUUAAAAUUCGGCCAGCUUGCUUGCCCACAUCAAGUAGAGAGGAUAUCACAGAAUUUAGGGCUGCUGGUUUUGGUAGAACCAAUGAAGGGAAGGAAUCAAGUGAAUUGUUGCAAACAACUUUAAUGACACACGAAAUUACUAAAUGCAAGUUUAUGCCCUACACGGUAUUGAAUGAAACUCUUCAAUUCUGUACAGGGCCAAAUGGUAAAACUGGCAAAGAUGUUUGUUCUGGCGACUCUGGCGGUCCAACUUUUGGCUCUGAUCCUAAUCAUACGAAUUGCCUUUUUUCGGUCAUGGGCAUCAUUAUAAAGGGAAAUAGUUGUGACAAAGAAGGUGCUCGUACUCUGCACACCAGAGUUUCAUACUAUCGCAAAUGGAUUGAGCAAAUUGUUUGGCCAAAUCACAUAAAUAAAGAAUAAUAUUUAAUAUUACACUUGUAACCAAUUAUAUAACAUAUAAAUACUCUAUGAAUCU